AUGGCUAGAAGAUACGACACACGCACGACAAUCUUCUCACCGGAGGGUCGUCUCUACCAAGUGGAGUACGCCAUGGAGGCUGUCAGUCAUGCGGGCACUUGUCUCGGGAUAGUCGCGUCUGAUGGAAUCGUUAUCGCAGCCGAGAGACGCUUCAUAAACGAUCUUUUGGAUGACGUGACAUUUUCUGAAAAGAUUUACAAAAUAAACGACGAUAUCGCAUGCGCAGUUGCCGGAAUCACUGCGGAUGCCACUGUUUUAAUAAAUGAGAUGCGUUUGAUAUCUCAGAGAUAUCUACUCUCAUAUCAGGAGCCAAUGCCAGUUGAACAGCUGGUAUCUCAUAUUUGUGACUUGCAGCACGGUUAUACCAUGUACGGUGGUCGCCGACCCUUUGGCGUGUCAAUGCUGUUCAUCGGCUGGGAUGUACGUCAUGGUUACCAGCUUUUCCAAUCCGAUCCAUCUGGCAACUGUCUUGGUUGGAAAGCUGCCUGUAUAGGUUCUAACUCCGCCGCCAUUUUCUCUAUCCUGGAACAAGAGUACAACCCGCAGUGCACAACAGAUGAGGCGACAAAACUUUGUAUCAAAGCUCUGUACAAAACAAUGACUAUGUCUAAAUUGACCUCUGACAAGCACUUAUAA